AUGGCUUUUUUCCUUGCUAGUUCUGCUGACUCUAACAAGUCAAUGUCAACUUCAUUAGAAACGGAAUUACUCGUGACGGCAGUUAUUGCUGAAGCCGAUGAUGAUUUCUGGACGUUGUUCUCGCCACUGGAUUUGCCUUUAAAGGGUGCACGCUCCCGAAAGCCCUGGAUGUUUUCAUCUCCACUUUCACCACUUUCGGAUGGGACAUCAUCUUCGAUAUUUUCAGUAUGUAUGAUAUCAUCUUUUUUCCGUCGAGUGGGGGCAAAAUCCUCGUCGGUGAGAGGCAUACCGAGCCGAGACUUCAUCAUGUAAACCUUAACAGGCCGUUUAUCGCCCAGUACUUCGCAUCUGUUGAUAAUAUCAUCGAACUUCAGCUUCGGAAACAUGACGUGAGCCCAAUGUUCGUACUUCUUCAGCAUCAGGGAGAGAUUGUCAUACGGGUCUUUUUUGAUAUCAGGGUUAAAGUUCUUGAAUGAAUCUCGAAGGGCCUGAAUUCCUUUCGGACCAGUGAGCGUGGGUACGUCCAGUUUUGGUUGUGGUCGCGAUAUCGUACGCUUUUUCUUGACUUCUUGA